AGCAACACAGGAGUUUUUAUACAUGUGGAUCUCUUACAGUCAGUUUCUGCCCAUGUGCUGGAGCUCCGGAGAGGUGAUUGUGGAAGAGGGUAGAUGGUGGAAGCAAGGGAGGAGACAGUUGGGAAAUCAUGUUCAGUCGUGGGAGUGUUUCAAGCCAAGCUUGAGCUGCCUCCAAAACAGCUGGAGCAAAGGAGGGAUAGAAACAGAAAGAAAGCACAAAGACUGUGGCUUAAAGUUAAAUCUGGACUGUUUGGCUGCUGAUGGUUGACUCUUUGUAGAUAGACUGAUUAACUUUAAACAUUACACUGGACUGUUAUAGAUGAAGCUCAAGGUCAAGAUGAACAUACACCAACAGACAGAAUGAGGUUCUAUAACAGUCACCUGACUCUCUGAAUGGACCAUGGAGGAAGUGGUUGGGGAUGAGGACGACAAGCCUGUGGUUGUUGCCUCCCAGCACAAUGACUCCCAGCUGGAAGACAGACCAGAACCACAGGAACUUGAAGAUAAGGGUCCAUGCAACUCCAUCCUGGAAUUUGGAUCUCCCAGUUCCUCAUCCACAUACCCUCACACCCAGCCACACCCACCCUGCUCACAGGGCUCUGCUGUAUCAGCCCUGCAGUCCAAGGUGAAGGCCCUGUCUGAGCGCAAGGCUGUCUGGAAGCAACCGUCCAAAAAGAGCCCAGAAAAGAAGGUGAUUCCUGGAUCUUACAUGCUGGGACGUCCUCUUACUUGGGGAUCGAGCAGCAGUGAUGAAGACACGGAGCCUCACGCCCAGACUCUUACCUUCCACGGUGUUCAAGAACCUCCAGUGGUGCUUUCCAAUGAAGAUGACUUCAACCCUGCCCUGCUAGCCCUCCCACGAGAACUUGGAGAAGGAGCGAGUCUGGAGAACAUCGCGCAAGAUGACAACAUCUGUGAUGCCAAACAAGACCUUCCAUCCUCCUCCUGUAACAAACCAUGGGCUCCACCCAAGGGCUUUUGGAGGGUCACCAGGCCGGAGACACUGCUGCUGAAUGGAGAAGCUUCAGAUGGGCUCAUGAAGACAGAUUCUGGUGUACAAGAAGAGCUGCACAAGUCCGUUGGUCUGGAAAGCCCCCUCCACACCUGUGGGCACAGCAGGACAGCCCCAGUGGAGCCCAUAGGGAGUGGACUCUGGCGUGCUGAAAGUCUAGAGAGCGUGUGCAGCAGCGUCAGCUCACUAUCUUUGGCUGAGAGGGUGGAGAUGAACCGGAGCAUCCUAAGACAAAUGCUUCAGAAAGCUCAGAGUAAAAGCAGCGAUGGACAUCAGGCCCCAGUUACGGAGCAGAAGCUGGAGAACAUGCAUAGAGGUGUGCUGAAUGACAGUGACUGGGAUUCUGGGAUAUCUCUCCAUGAUUGUGAACACACUCAGCACAGCCAGAGGGCCUUUGUUUGGGGCGACGGGUUGCCGCUGAGUCCUCGCCAUGAGCAGGCCAAACGACUCUUGGAGCGUGCGCGCAUGAAGGCCCGCUCUAACCCGCUCAAAGCCGACCACACCAUCCUACCCGUCCAGAGGGACAACCCGGAUCUGCUCUCUUGGACCGGGGUCUCCCUGCAGCGGGCUCCUCUAGCGGGGAAGGAGGGGGUGGCGGCAGGUUCAGGGAACGUCAGCGACUCGUCCAGCAGCGACUCAGUCGGAGGCCCCCGACGCAGACACGGCCAGUCGCCAACACGCGUCCGCUUUGAGGACGAGUCAGAAAAGGAGGCGGAGUUUCGCUACCUGGAGCGCUUGCGCCAGCGCCGGCGGGCUGGAGAGAGGGCGCAGGGCCUGCUGGGGUCCAAACCCAGCCUGGCCUCAUAUGUGAACGGCAGAGGCGCGGAGACAGCCCGGGGCAAGGAGGACUCACCACUGUGGAAAUACAAAAACAGAAAAGGUCAGGAGGGGCUUGCUAAUUCUAGCAGUGCUAACGGCCAUUACAAAUCCCUAGUGCAUGAGGCUGUGGGCCGACAGUGCAAUUCCUGUGGGACGAUACUGGAUGGACAGAAGGCAGGGGAGAAAAUACUGGACGAGGCUGUUUCAGACUCUCUCCCGUUAUCCCUAGCACCUGCUGAUGGAGAGUCCGAGGGAAGGACUGUCCCAUGCUGGGUGGCCCCCACCCUGCCCAACCGCCUGGUCCGAAUAGAGCAGAUUAAAGAGACGUACAUUGGAGCGGUGGGCACUGUUAUUGUGGACAGCGAUGGCACGCAUUGUAGAGGUACAGCUAGCAUGGACAGUACUAGCAGUAGAGGGUCUCUACAGAAGCAAAAGAGAAAAAGUAGAAGAAGGGAAGGAAGCCCAGAGGCAACAGCCAAUGGGCUGGUAUCAUCAGGGUCACCACCCACUUCCAGGCCCACAACCAACGGUGCAGAUGUGCACCUGUCUAAUGGCACCAUAGCAGUGCCUCCUAACCCCUACGCUCCAGAGCAACUGGGACAGAAGGUACCGGUUAUCUUGUGCAAGUCCCAGCCCAACUUUAAAGCCCCCGUGCCACCUCCAGUGCCUCCCAGAGGAGAAGCUCCAAGCCCCCAGCUCCCCCAGCCUAUCCCCCCACCCCUCCAGCCCAGAAAGUCUGCUCUGAAGUCUGCCUCAAAGGAACGUUCCAAUGGCCAACGAAUGGUCAAGCUCAUGCCUUCUCCACAGUAUCGCCUCGUGCACCUGGACUCUGCAGAAGAAGGGACUGAUGUGGAUGGCAGUCCUGAGGUCAGUCCUGCUCUGGGGAACCCAUCCAAAAGCUCGACACUGAAGCAUCCCACAGCCAGCAACACUGCCACACAUCCGGGACACACUGGAUACCAACCAGCAGGUUUGGAACAGGAUCGUGUUGCAGGCGAAUUCACAGACAACCCUGCUGAAAUUUCUCAUGGACAUUUGAAUGAUGGACAGAUUCAAGGAGCUGUCCGACCAGACCACCAUCUGGAGGAGAGCUCAAGCCCCUCACGCAGUGUGGCAUCAGAAGCGGAGCAGAAGGAGGCGAGGCCGAAACUGUCCCUGCGCCGCUUCUUUUCAGCUAUGGGUCUGAACGGUGGUGGGCGGUUGGGCAAGGAACGCUCCAGCAGUAUGGAGCAGCUUAGCCUGCCCGCCAAACCUUGCAUAUCCCCUUCCACGUCCCCCAGCCCCGCACGUGCAGGGAUCAGCCAGCUGAAGAAAGCUCCAUCACUGCAGUCCCUGCGCCUGGGGUCUCCUUUUGUCCAGCUGAAGAAAUCCUCUUCAGUGCAGAAUCUCCAGAGUCCCAGGAGGAAGGGGGAUCGCUCCAGCGCGUACACGCCAGGGGAGCUGCCCUGCAGCCCAGCACUGUCCAGGGGGCUCCAGCGCACUCUAAGCGUGGAGGAUGUUGGUAGCCCCAGUGCCGUACGGUCAGUGGGGAGAGUAGCCCAGGCCUUCCCUGAUGGGACGUUAUUGUUGGAGCUGUCCCGGCCUCCUGACGGACCCUUCGGCUUCCUCAUCUCACGCGGUAAAGGGAGGCCAGACUCAGGUGUCUAUGUGGAAGAGAUGGGUGACAGCAGCACUGAGAAGCUGUAUGCGGGGCUGCUGGGAGUGGGCGAUGAGAUCCUCGAGGUGAAUGGAGAGAAAGUAGCCGGGCUGAGUUUGGAGCUGGUCACUCGGCUGAUGACCCAGAGCAGCACGGCGUCCAUCCGCGUGCUCCGUCACCGGCGGCCGCACCGCUAACCUUAAACUUUCUUUUAAAAUCAGAGAGGAAAGGGCGAUACAGCAGCCGAGACGGUGUGUGUGAGGCUUCUCCGCUGGUUCUGACUUUAACUGGCUUACACUGAUGUUCGGACUCAGUGCGCGUCCAAGUAGACAGAGCUUUGUUGCUGGUGUUAAGCUUGACUGAAUUGAACAACUAGGCUGUAGCUUGUGUUAUCAGGAAAAAGGACUCGUGAAAGAAGAGUUUAUUCUGCACUAUCAUAGACGAGGUGCUCCUCUGUUCUGACAGUGAAGAAAUGCACUAAGCGUCUGCCUCCAAUAAUACUGCACAAGUCCAUGGGACUGUAAUCCCUGCAGACUGAAAUUCACUUCUUUCUGCUUUUCUCUCGAUCUUAACUUUUUGUAGUUUAGGUUCUUUCUAUAAAGGGCAACAGGUACACACUGAAAGAAGUGAUGCAUUGAAUUCACUUGAUUUAAAUGUGCGUAUCUUUUGCCAAAAGCAAGUCAGCUCAAAGACAGAAUUGCAUUGACGUAAUAUAUUUUAUGAAAAUUGUACAGUUUUGACUCAAAUAAAUUCAGUGCAUCACUUUCUUAGUUCAAGUUAGCUCAGAAGUUCUUGAUCUAUUCUUAAAGAGAAGUUCCACCACUUUUUCAACAUUUUUGCAUAAUUAAUUUGUUAAGAUGUAAACAGUGAUUAGGGUGGUUUGAUGUCAAAUGCUUUAUUUUAGAACAGGGGUCACCAAUCCAAAUGUUAAGAAGAGCCAUUUUGUAAUUUCAACGAAAACCAAUUCGCCUUGGGAGCCACAACAUUUUAUGUCCAUUUAUUGAAGUAAUGUUUUACCAUCUUGGCUGUAAAUAUGUCUCAGUUUGUGCUAAUAUGCUAGUAUAGGCUAAAAAAUAUUAUCUAUAUGAAAACAUAGACUUAUUUUGUUCUGCUUUAAGCUUUAGCUCAGCUAUAGCCGCUUUUCUCGCAUCUCCA